AUGAGUAUUCUCAGCUGGAACUGCCGAGGGCUUGGGAACCCUCAGACAGUUCGAGUCCUCCAUCAAUUGGUGAAGGAAAAGAACCCAUCUUUUGUCUUUCUUAUGGAAACCUUUUGUUCUAAAAGUUAUAUGGAGAAGAUUAGAUGUAGAUUGGGCUUCGAAUCCCUGUUUGUGGUUGAUCCAGUUGGGAGAAGUGGGGGUCUGGCUUUGUUCUGGAGAAAUUCUACAGGGCUGAAAAUUUACAAUUACUCCCGGUACCAUAUCCAGGCGAUUGUGAAGAAUAACGAAGGCAGAGAUUUUUGGAAACUAAUGGGUUUUUAUGGGCACCCUAAUCGGGCCAGAAGGGGGGAAUCAUGGCUUUUACUCAAACUUUUGAAGUCUGGACCUUGUCUGCCGUGGUGUUGUUUUGGGGAUUUUAACGAAAUUUUGGAGCAAUCAGAGAAAGAUGGUAUGGGUCCCAGACGUGAUUCGCAGAUGGCAGGUUUUAGGAAUACAUUGGAGGAAUGUGGUUUGAGUGAUUUGGGGUUCAAGGGCGCUAGAUUUACGUGGAGAAACCACCACUCUGAUCACUCUUUUGUUCAAGAAAGAUUGGACAGAGCGUUGGGGGAUGAGGAAUGGUGCCAGCUCUUCCCUAAUGUUUCAGUCUCUGUUUUGGAGGCUUUGUGUUCCGACCAUAAUCCUAUCCUGAUCUGUCUUAAGAAGCACCAAGAGCAUAGCAAGUUUUUUGAUAGAGGUUUCAAAUUGGAAGCAGCGUGGACUCGGGAUGCCGACUACCAGGGUUUGGUUCAAUCUGUUUGGGAACAGAAUAAUCUAGAAGGAGAUUCCAUCUCAGGGGUCCAAGCAAAACUAGCUUCGUGCCAAAAGGAACUGGGUCGGUGGAGUAGAAGUAAAUUUGGGAAGUCAUAUGAUUUACUGAGAAGAAAGAAGGAUCAACUUAGGGCUAUUCAGGGUCGGGCUAACGGAAAUUCUGUUCAAGAAAUUAAGGCUUUGCAAAUGGAAAUUAAUGAAAUUCUUGAGCGGGAAGAUUUGAGGUGCAAACAAAGAACGAAGCAGCACUGGUACCGGUUUGGAGAUAGGAACACUAAAUUCUUCCACUCAUGGGCCAACCAAAGAAGAAAAAUAAAUACCAUCCGCAGCAUUUCUGAUACUGAAGGGCGAGUCUGGAGGAGGAAAGAAGAGGUUAGUAGAACUUUCAUUGAGUUUUAUACACAGCUGUUUAAUUCCCAAACCCCUUCGGGUAUUGUUGAUUGCCUUAGUGUUACUGAUAGUAGGGUUUCUGAUGAUAUGAACCAUAAACUCCUUAGACCCUUCACAGGGGAUGAGGUUCGGUGUGCCCUAUUCCAAAUGCAUCCUUUUAAAUCUCCUGGUCCCGAUGGCUUUUCUGCUAGGUUUUUCCAGCAGUCCUGGGGAGUGGUGGGCUCAGACGUUACUAGGGUUGUGCUUAAUGUUCUCAAUGGGGGUCUUAUAGAAGGGGGGAUCAAUUCUACCUAUAUCUGCCCUGUCCCUAAGAUUAAUUCGCCCUCAAAGGUUUCUGAUUUCAGACCGAUCAGUCUUUGUGAUGUAAUUUAUAAAAUAAUCUCAAAGGUGCUCGCUAACCGUCUUAAACAAGUGCUUCCUUUUAUUAUCUCCUCAGAACAAAGUGCCUUCAUUCCUGGUAGGCUUAUUACUGACAACAUUUUGAUUGCCUUUGAAGCUUUCCACACCAUGGAUACCAGGCUAAAGGGGAAGGAAGGGUUUAUGGCAUUGAAGCUUGAUAUGAGUAAGGCCUAUGAUAGGCUUGAGUGGGAUUUUGUGGAAGGGGUGUUUCGGAAAUUGGGCUUUGGGGAUAGAUAUGAGGAGGCUUCGGGGCAGCAGAUCAACCUGGAAAAAACUGCUGUUUUCUUUAGUGGGAAUACCAAGGUAGCUGUCCGGGAUUCUAUUAUUCAGGGCACGGGCUAUAGUUGUACUUCACAAUACGAAAGAUACCUUGGCCUUCCAGCUCUUAUAGGCAGAUCGAGGAUAGCCACCUUUAAUGUCAUCAAGGAUAGGAUUUGGAAACGUAUGAACGGAUGGAAAGAGAAAUUUUUGUCUCAUGCGGGUAAAGAGAUUUUGAUUAAGUCUGUUAUUCAGGCUAUGCCUACGUACACUAUGAGUGUUUUUAGACUCCCCAAAACCCUUUGUCGAGAUAUUAAUUCUAUGUUGGGCAGAUUUUGGUGGGGUAACAAGGAGAACGGAUCAAAAAUGGCUUGGAUGGCAUGGAGUGGUUUAGGGAGAAAAAAGCUGGAUGGAGGCUUAGGCUAUAGGGAUCUGGUUAACUUUAAUACUGCCCUAUUAGCUAAGCAGGGAUGGAGAUUCAUUAAACACCCGGAAACUUUGGUUAGUACAAUUUUUCGUGAGAAGUAUUUUCCCUCAAGGGAUUUUCUGGGAUCAUCUUUGGGAUCUCGCCCUUCUUAUGUGUGGAGGAGUAUUUGUGGAGCAAAAUCGGUUCUUAGUGAGGGCCUCAUGUGGAGAGUCGGAGAUGGAUUGAGUAUUAAGAUUUUUGAAGACAAAUGGAUCCCCUCUACUCAAACUCACAAGAUCCAAGCACACUUGCAGAGCUUAAAUCCGGAAGCAAGGGUUUGUGAAUUGAUAGACUCCGAGUUAAAUUGGUGGAAUAUUCCUCUGUUAGAACACAUAUUCCCGGUAGAGGUGGUGGAGCAAAUCUGUAACAUUCCUAUUAGCCCCAGAUACAUGAGGGAUAGGCUGGUGUGGGCAGGAACUAACAAUGGUCACUUUUCGGUUCGAAGUGCUUAUAAUCUCGAAACGGAAAGGUUGGCUAGGAAUCAGGGCUGUACUUCUUCUUUUUCUUCUUCCAGAGACCUUUGGAAGCUUCUCUGGCAGCUGAAGAUCCCCAGAUCGGUGCAGUUAUUUCUUUGGCGUCUUUGUAAUGACAUUCUCCCUACCAAAGAAAAACUAUGGAAGAGACGGAUUGUAGAGAAUCCACUUUGCCCGUUCUGUGGUAUAGAAGUUGAAUCUAGCAUCCAUGCUGUGUGGCUUUGUGAUGCUGCCAAAAUUGUUUGGUCAGAAUGUUCUCCCCGGAUUCACAAAUGUGUCUCGGAUGUUUCAGACUUCCUUACUCUUUUUGGCAUCCUGGAAGGUAGGUUGGAGAGGGAGGAGAUAGAGUUUUUUGCCAUGGUUGCCCAAAGGAUAUGGUUUCGUCGAAAUAGGUUUGUCUUUGAUGGUAUACUAACUCACCCCAGCAUUUUACUCAAAAGUACAAAGGAGUCCAUUGAGGAGUUCAGGAAGGCUCUUGAUUCCAUAGAUCAGAAGUGGAUGGGUGUGGGUAUUGUUUCUCGUGAUUCUAAUGGACAGGUGAUUGCGUCUAAGUGCUCUUACCACCGAUAUGUUUCGAACUCCCUGGUGGCUGAGGCUUUUGGAGCCAAAUUGUGUGUUGAAUUCGGGAUUUUACUGGGUAUGAAGUCAGUGGUUUUAGAGGGAGAUGCUGUGGGGGUUGUCAAUGCCCUGAACCGAAAUGUUGCUAAUGAAGGUAUUGUCUCUAACCUGAUAGCUGAGACUUGUUUACAGCUGGAAAAUUUUGAUCGGUGGACUAUCAAGCAUGUUCGACGUGAAGGAAACAAGAUUGCCCAUUCCUUAGCUAAGCUGGCGAUUUCCCAGUUGCAGAACCGAGUUUGGCUUGGUUUUUAUCCUUCUGUACUGUCGGAUCUAGUGAUCUCUGAGAUGUACUCUUGA